AAAUGGCAGCAAGAAGAUUCAUGUUCAAUGAAUCUAAUAUUUUGGCUCUGAAUACAAAAGCAGAACGUUCAACUUCUCGAGUAGAGGCUGUAGUAGCCUUUGUAUGGGAAGCAGCUAUUGCAGCUAUGCAGAAAAGGAACAAUAAUAAUAAUAAUGCUAUCAAGAAUUUUGUAAUUAGAAUUCCAAUAGACUUAAGGAGAAGAAUUCAACCUCCAUUACCUCAGCAAACCAUGGGAAAUAUCAUACAUAUGGUUGAGGCAAAUUGGGAAGUUUCUGAGGGACCUUUGGACUAUAAGUUACUAGUGAAAAAAGUUCAAGAUUCAAUAAAGAUUGUGACUAAACAUGGCUAUGAUGUAAAGAAUAUGGAUGAUAGAGAAAGAACAUUGACUGAAGAAGUGGGAAUACUUAGAUCCACUAGUUUGUGUAAGUUUCCUUUCUAUGACAUUGAUUUUGGAUGGGGUAGGCCAAAAUGGGCAUCUGUUGGAAGCAUAGCUCCCAAUCUGGUUGUUUUAAUGGACACUAGUGAUGGGAAAGGAAUAGAAGUAUGGCUUGGGUUGGUAGAGGAAGACAUGGCCAUAUUUGAGAAAAAUCAAGAAUUAUUCAAAUUUGUUUCUCUAAGUCAAUCUAUUUUCUGAAUAUACGUUUCCUUCAUUCACAUAUUUUCCAAAGGAACAAAAUAGGUUUUACUAGUCUUAUAUUUACAAACAACACCACAAAAACCUAUUUAUCUCAAUUGUGAUCGACUGCUCAAAUCAAUCCGGAGGCGACAACUGUCCAAAUUUAUGUCUUUUCUUUUUCAAACCUAGCCAAUUGGAAAUGCAAAGGUGGGU